CCGCGCCCCGCGCCCGGCUCUUCGGGGUCCCCGCGCUGCGGAGGUAGCGGGCCCCGCUUUGUUCGAGGGGCUGCCCAGCUCCCCUUUUGGUCCCGCGCCCUCGCCGUUUGCCCCACCUUGGCCCCCGAGUGAGCGCCCCGCUGGGAGUCUUCUUGGGGCUCCCUUCGCCCCCCGAGGCUGCAGGAUGGUGUCCUGGAUGAUCUGUCGCCUGGUGGUGCUGGUGUUUGGGAUGCUGUACCCAGCUUAUGCUUCCUACAAGGCUGUGAAGACCAAGAAUAUUCGUGAAUAUGUCCGGUGGAUGAUGUACUGGAUUGUCUUUGCCCUCUUCAUGGCAGUGGAGACCUUCACAGACAUCUUUAUUUCCUGGUUCCCUUUUUAUUAUGAGAUCAAGAUGGCUUUUGUGCUGUGGCUGCUCUCACCCUACACCAAGGGGGCCAGCCUGCUCUACCGCAAGUUUGUCCACCCAUCCUUGUCCCGCCACGAGAAGGAGAUUGACACCUACAUUGUGCAGGCCAAGGAGCGCAGCUACGAGACGGUGCUCAGCUUUGGGAAGCGAGGCCUCAACAUUGCUGCUACAGCUGCUUUCCAGGCUGCCACCAAGAGUCAGGGGGCACUGGCAGGAAGACUGCGAAGCUUCUCCAUGCAGGACCUGCGCUCCAUUCCCGACGGCCCUGCCCCUACCUACCGGGAUCCCCUCUACCUGGAGGACCAGAUACCCCGCCACAGGCCACCCAUUGGGUACCGGGCAGGGGGUCUGCCCGACAGUGACACUGAGGAUGAGUGUUGGUCAGAUACAGAGGCGGUUCCCCAGUCACCAGCCCGGCCCCGAGAGAAGCCUCUGAGCCGCAGCCAGAGCCUGCGUAUAGUCAAGAGGAAACCUUUGUCACGGGAGGGCACCUCACGCUCCCUGAAGGUUCGGACAAGGAAAAAGACCAUAACCUCUGACAUGGACAGCUAGGGCUGGCAGUGCCUGGCCCAGUCUUACCUUGUGCCGUGCAGGGGCCUGGGAGCUGUUUGGAGGGGACCUCUGGCUACACAUCUGGCCUGCCUGUACCAGCUGCUCAGGUUCUGCCCUCCUGGCUCCCACUGUUGGUUAGGGACCAGGGCCAGGUGCCAGACUAUGCCCAGGGAUGCACCCACAAUGUACCAAAGCAGACAGGACCCAGGGUUCUGUUUAUUGCCUUUCUCAUCCCUCUGCCUUCCUGCGUUUGGGUCCGGAACCCUCUCCAGACCCUUGCAAAUGAAAUCAGAAGCCCAACUUCAUUCCUUCCUGUCCUUCCAAGUACUUGAUGGCCUUUUCCAAGGCUUUGUGUGUGUAUUGGGUUGUAUGUUUUAUGUUGGUGAAUGAGCUCAUAUUUGUGUAAGUUUUGAUAAAUAAAUACAGAAAAGUGUU